AUGCCCCUGCUGAACUUCAAAUGGAAAGGCCCCAUUAUCAAGACGCCAGGAAGGCCUUUGGAGAAGAGAAAGUCGAACAUCUUCAGCCGCAACACCACCGGCAUUGCCCUUGGUGACUCUUCUCGCGACGACUCGGAGCACAAGUCGCAGCCUUCGCCACUGUCGAGACUUCGAAGGAGAGGAUCUCAGCUUCUCACGAGACUGCAUCUACUUCCAGUUACACCAAUAGAGAGCACCAUGGACGGCACCUCCAAACCCCAUUACCGUGUCUUGACACCGCCUGCGCCGGCAUUGAUCGCACCGACGAGAUCCAGUCCAGCCCGACCUCUUCACACAUCCUCCAGCAACGACCGUGUAGAGGCCGAAGUACCUCAGCGAAAGCGUUCCGUGCGCUUUGAAGGCUAUGGCGACGAUCAACUAGAUGGCCACAAGGAAGCAACAUCGGAGGGAUCACCAACACCCAGAGCUAGAGACUCCGCCAGAAGCAGCUCGUCACAGCGGCUGUCGAAUCAGAUGGACAGCCUUGCCGCAAAGCUGAACGGCACCGCUGGAACGCAAACGAUUGUUCAUCGCUCCAACAGGAAGCAGAAGCCGACAGUGCCGUUCGCCAACACCCGGUUCGAGGACUUCGCAGAAAAUGGAGAAGCUGGCGCCAGCUCACCGAGCACUGUAUCAUCGUUGACACCAUCAGCACACAACCAGACAUGGUCGCCCGCCAGCACAGCCUCUACGGCUGCCACCUCGUGGGCAUCUCCGAGGUCGUCAGGACCAAAGUUCAGGAACCGGCAGUCUCCGGAAGACUGUCAGACCGGGAGCAAGAGCAUCUCCAACACGCUGGACGAAGGGAUCUUGCCACCCAUUCAGGAAGACAGCGGCCGCUUCCUCAUGAUACCUGUCCAGGAAUCACCAAUAGAGACUCAGCCUUCUAUCGCCACCGUCGAGAACGUCGUCGCUGCAAAGGUUUUCGUCGAGACUCAGUACCAAAAGAUUCUCCUGGAGCCUUCAUCACCUCGCUCGAUGCGCCGCCGGAAGUUUGAGAACAAGAUGUCCGACCUUGGGUUCUCCCACGACGAGCGAGUGGAAUCACGUGAGCGCUGGCAGCGUGCCGAGAGUGACCAUCUCCGGCAGAUGCGGAUCUUGCACUCGAGCUCCGUUGCCCGGCACAAAGCGAAGGGUGUCUCGAUUGCCGGCUUCGAUGUCAUUCGUGUGCUGGGCAAAGGCAGCUUCGGCGUUGUCCGGCUGGUGACAGAAAGGAAGAGUAGCCACGCAGCUGAAGGGCAAGACAGCAAACAGGCCUACCCACGACGUGGUGCUGGCGGCAUUGCAGUCAGCAACGUUGACGGCACCGCCAAGCGCAACCUUCCAGCUGGCAAGCCUCUUUCAGACGUCUUCGCCAUGAAGGUCAUCCGCAAGUCUGAUAUGCUUCGUGCAUGCCAGGAAGGCCAUCUGCGAGCCGAGCGAGACUUUCUCGUUGGUGCCGAGGACUCCAACUGGGUGGUCCCGCUCAUAGCCAGCUUCCAGGACAACACAAACCUCUACCUCGUCAUGGAGUACAUGAUCGGCGGUGACUUUCUUGGCUUGCUGUUGCGGGAGGAUGUGCUGGAUGAAGAAGUGGCCAAGUAG